AUGGAAAGCACGACGCGGCCCCGCGUGCACGGCCACCUGGAGGAGAUCGAGGAGGCCCUCAUCAACACCAAGGGCGGCGGCACGCGGCAGGCCAACCGGACGCUGCUGGACGAGGACGACGACGUGGAUGACGUGGGCGGCGUGGACCCCGGCGAGGUGGACAUCGUGACGCGCUUCCUGCGUAUCGUCGAGUCGCAGCACCUGCUGGGCGGCAACUGCACCGCCGGCACAGACCUCAACCUGGGCGAGGGCGUGGUGGACCGCUACGCGCAGGAGCGCUUCCGCGUGGAGGCCGACGUGGCGGUGAACCGCGCCAACAUGCUGACCCGCCUGUGGAAGUACGCCGGCGCCAAGGUGCUGCACUCCGAGUACCUGCUGCACGCCCUCGUCAUGGCCAUGGUGGAGUUCGACGACGACAUCUUCGCGGCCGGCAACUGCUACGACGCGCACCAGUACAAGGACUACUGGCUCUUCUGCCCGUUCGCCUACCGCCUCCCCGAGGGCCCCGUCCUCGUCAAGGACCUGGCCGUCGAGUACAAGUACCUGGAGAACACGUCCGAGUGGUUCUACAUGGCGAGGAAGAACGCGGAGCGCGUCAUCUACAACUACAACCAGAUCGCGCACGGCUACCACACGUACACGUUCAACUGGACGACGCACACGGAGCGCUUCCCGGACGAGAUCCUGAGCGUCACCUACGAGGACGGCAAGUGGAGCAAGCCGUACUACGACUGCGGCGGCGGCAACAUCUGGAUGCUCACCUACACCGUGCCCUUCUUCGGCUUCGCCAACGGCACCUACCACUUCAAGGGCACCAGCGGCAUCGACAUCGACCUGCGGCGCGUGGACAUCGACCAGUGCCCGCUGCCGCCCGGCUCCACGCAGCUCAACAUCUUCGCCGCCUCGGACAAGUGCAAGAAGAGGACCACUCAGUGCGAGCCGGUGGCGGGGCUGGGCUUCCGGCGCGGCUCCUACCGCUGCGUGUGCCGCCGGGGCUUCUACUUCCCCGACAUCACGGCGGCCCAGCGCUUCUACAACGGCAGCUACGUGGAGGAGGAGUACGAGAAGCUCGCGCUGGGCCGCGCCUCGAUGUACGCCGAGGCGGGCGCGCUGGAGUGCCUGCCGUGCGCGCAGGGCUGCGAGUGGUGUGAGGACGCGCGGCCGUGCGUGGCCGCCCUCAACUGGCCCGUGCGCACGGCGCUGCUCGCGCUGUCCGCCGCCGUCAUCUGCUGCCUGCCCGCCGUGGCGCUCUUCACCGUCAAGUACGGCCACGUCAAGGUGGUGCGCGCCGCCAGCCCCGUCCUGCUGCGGGUCAUCGCCCUGGGCGCCUUCUUCAUGUACUGCACGACCAUCGCCUCGUACUUCCAGCCCAACGUGGUGUGGUGCACCCUGAGGGUGUGGCUGCGCGAGCUGGGCUUCUCCCUCACGUACGGCGCGCUCAUGCUCAAGACGUGGCGCAUCUCCGUCAUCUUCCGCGUGCGGUCCGCGCGCGCCGUCAAGAUCACGGACCUGGACCUGGUGAAGCGCGUGGGCGUGAUCGCGGGCGUGUUCAGCGUGUUCCUGGCCAUCCGCACGCUGGUGGCGCCGCCCACCGCCAUCGAGGGCAAGACGGCCGAGGGCCUCAAGGCGUACCUCUGCCGCACGGACUGGUGGGACCACUCGUUCACCACCCUGGAGGUGGUGUUCCUCGGCUGGGGCAUCCGUCUGUGCAUCGUGGUGCGCAAGGCGCCCUCCGAGUUCAACGAGGCCCGCUUCAUCUCCAUGGCCAUCUACAACGAGUUCCUGCUCUCUGUCUUCCUCAACGUCUCCAUGUUGUUCCUGCAGUCCCCGGCCAACCCGGACCUGCUCUUCAUCAUCCUGUUCUGCCACACCCAGCUCACCGUCACCCUCCUGCUGGGCCUCAUCUUCGGGAGCAAGGUGACCACGGCGGGCAGCGAGGAGAUAGGCUCACUUCCCCGCACCCUGCCCUCCACGCCGGACGACCCUGCCGACGGUGACCUCCAGGCCGACAGCGACGCCACCUCCGAGUGCGCCCCCAUGCCCACCUCUGAGAAUUGCGAAGACUCGCCGGGUGCGGGCGGUGCGGGCAGCCCAGAAGUCCCAGUCCAGGAGGGCAGCGUCGCAGAGUGCUCGGAGCUGGAGCAGUGCCCCGUCCUCGAGCGACUGUCAGGACCGGUGGCCAUCUAAGACACCUCGCAGAAGGAGUUAUAUCAAUAAAGACUGAAAUUAUUCACUAACUGAGAUACAUUAAUACGGAUGCUGUACCGUUGUGUUAACUGUGGUGCCAUCAGGACCUACAGUUAUAGAAUGAGGCAGCAUUUGUAACGAAGAAAAGCAAUACACAUCGAAGCAAUUGGCUAUCUGUGAUCUCAAAAUAAAAGUAGUCUUUUAUGUUUCACACUAAGAUGUGGUAACUAACUUUCUGUGACGGAUGACCACUUGCCACUUUAAAGGAAAAAAGAUCUAUGUAAGAAAAGAAACGAUGUAGUUGUUUUCUGUUUAAGAGGCAUUGAUGCCAAUUUUUAUGAAAUACUGAGGUCUAUAUGUUCCUUAUGAAAAUUAAAACCAACAAUACCGUUUCAAUGGUAAAUUAAUAAAUUUAAUUAAUUUACAUUAUCACAAAUUGUGUUUGGUUAACCCCUUUGGUCACCAUAUCUUACAAAAUUUGACACACCACAAGCUACCCACAAGAA